CGCCGGAGUGCAUUGGCAAAAGCAGUCGGUUCAUGGUUACCGCGCCAAGCUGACGUACGCUGGCACACGCUGCUCUCACUCUUAGCGCCAAGCGCCGAAGUUCAAAGUAAUGAAAGUGAAUGGGCCUGGUUGAAAGGACUCGUAAAUAUUUGUGUCGCAAUAACGGAAAAUCAAAGCGCGAAAUACUUUAUACAAAUAUAUGAAAGUGAAAGAUUUUAAAAUAAAAACAAAAACACAGUGAGUGUAAGAAAUCCGUUUUUAUUUGUAUAUGGUGCCGUUAGUUAAAAGUGCUGCUGUCAAAAACUCUUUCACUGCUUGUCCCACAUCAAAUCAACGAGGCGUUUAAUCGGACCGACACAAGCAUUUCACAUAGCAAAACGUGCGCAAGUAACUGUCAAUAUGUGGCGCGUGCGCAACAUUUUGUUGGUGGCACUGCUGAUUGCCCACAACGUGUUGUUUGGCGGCUCUCUAGCCGUGCGAUCCAAUUUGGAAAUCGUUAAGCAAUGGAAGCUUUUCUCGUACGAAUUUCCGCCGCAUGCGCCCGUCUCCGACCCCGACUACUACAAUCCGAUCAACGUGGUGCCGACGAGUAUGACAGUGGCUUAUGACCGGAUUUUCAUUGCUACACCGAAGCUCUUUGCCGGCGUGCCGACAACCGUUGCCUACAUUUCGAAGUCGGACUACAGCGAGUCGCCGAUCUUACGAUCCUAUCCCGACUGGACGUACACGGUCAGCGGCCGCAGCUCGUUCAACUGCAGCGACUCGUAUUUGGUGUCGGUGUAUCGCAUGCGCAUCGAUUCUUGCAACCGUUUGUGGAUCCUAGACGCCGGCGUUUCGCGCACUUUCGAAGACUCCGAGCAAACCUGCCGACCCAAGAUAUUGGUAUUCGAUUUGAAUACGGAUCAAGUGGUGCGGCGCAUUGAACUACCGAAUGAUGUCUUGCGCAAUCAGUCGAUUCUCGUAAAUUUGAUCGUCGACGAAACCACAUCCACUUCAGGGACCUGCGACGAUGUCUUUGUCUACAUUGCUGAUACAGUAAGACCUGCGAUCAUUGUCUACGACGGAGCACGUGACAUGGUUUGGCGUCUCUCACACCCGGCUAUGUGGCCCGAUCCCGACUUUGGUUUAAUACAAAUCCUAAACGACAAGUUCUUCAUAAGUGAUGGCGUCAUCGGCUUAGCUUUCGACACAGUAAAUGGAAUACUUUAUUUCCAACCGCUGGCUACAGAUCGCAUCUUCUCCAUAACCAAGGAUGCCCUGCGCGCUGGACCACGUCAAUUGCAUGACAUUUUACCAAUACGCUUCUUGGGCAAGAAGUCAUCUCAAGGUCUUCCACUUUAUCUCGCGCCACAAGAUGGUAGCCUGCUCUUCAGCCCAGUUACAGAGACUGCGAUCGUAUCUUGGCACCCACAAACUAAGCAACAGGCGGUGCUCUCCUACGACGUGAAUGCACUGCAGUUCGUAGCCGAUAUAAGCGCAUCGCCAUGGGAGAAUGACGUGGUCUAUGCCAUGUCCUCGAAAUUCAACCGUUUCACACUACAAACAGUGAACCGGGAUGAGAUCAACUUCCGACUCAUGCGUAUCAAGUAUCCCAGCCGAAGUGCCGUGUCCUCGCAGAGACUAUUCACGCCCACUGAUCGCGUCAGCAGCGAACUUUACGUGAAUGGCGUGAAUGCGAGCGCUUUGAAUGACGGUGGUUACAGGAGCGGGCUCGAGCGAGUCGCACCAACGCUCAAUCCAGCCUUCAGUCUCGCACCGAGUUCAAAACUUUAUCAGCUGCAAGGCCCUCGAAUCGGCCUGCAUACGUUCACCGGAAGCAGUGUGCCGACGGCGGCCAGUGUUUUCCAACUCGGCCAGCUGGGCUACAGUUACAGUCUGGGUCACAGCGGCAACUAAGUGAAAGGUGUUCUUUCUUCAACGCGAAAAUGUAAUGAAUAUUCAUGUAAUUGUUUAAGAAUUCUCAUCUGUAAAUAUUGUUGCUCAUAUUUUGUUGUUAAUGCAUUCUGGUGAUUAUGAUUUUCCGAAAGUUUAGGCAAAUAAAA